AUGGGUACACCGGAUUUCGUAGUACCGGUGCUGGAUGGACUGGCGGCCAAUCCUGCGCUAAUCGUGAUCGCCGCUUACGUUCCUCCCGACCGGCCGCGAGGACGGGGGCGGUCGCUGACGCCAGCGCCAGUGAAACAACGUGCGCUGGAGCUGGGCAUCCCGGUGGCGCAGCCGGCGACGCUGCGAAACUCCAAUGCGGUUGCGGAACUGGCCGGGUUCGAGGCCGAUGUGAUAGUGGUGGCAGCCUACGGGCGUAUCCUGCCACCGGGCGUGCUUGGCCUGCCGCGUUUCGGCUGCCUGAAUCUGCACCCGUCGUUGCUACCCAGACACCGGGGGCCGUCGCCGGUGGUGAGUGCCAUACUGGCUGGCGACGAGACCACCGGCGUUACGCUGAUGCUGUUGGACGAAGGUAUGGACACGGGGCCGAUUAUCGCCCAGCGGCAGCGGCCGGUAUCCUGGCACGACGACGCAAUUUCGCUGACGGCUACACUGUUCACGGACGGCGUUGACCUCCUGAACGAAUCUCUACCCGGCUGGCUGGCUGGCGCUAUCCAGGCAAAUCCGCAGGAUGAUGCGCUUGCCACCUACACGUCCAAGAUCGAGCGGGCGGACGGUGCGGUCGACUGGACGCUGUCGGCCAUAACGCUGGCCCGUCGAUUGCGCGCCUACACCCCGUGGCCCGGCCUGCACGCUCGUUGGAACGGCAUCGAGGUCAAGAUAUUGGCAGCCGAAGCGAUUGACGGGGAUGGUGUCGAUGCGGGAGUGGUGGUCGACACGGGUUCGUCAAGUAUUGCCAUCGGCACCGGCGACGGCCUGCUGAGUGUGGGGCGGCUGCAAGUCGAAGGGAAGCGCGCCGCAGAUGCUGCCGAGUUCCUGCGCGGAUACCCGCAAUUCAUCGGAGCCCGGCUUGGGGACGCGGCGGUGUAA